CCUCCAUUUUAAUGACGUCACGUGAGAAGAUGGCGGACCGAGCGACGUUCGGAAGUGCGAUAAGUUAAGCUAACUUUAUAAAUAUCGGUGUGAAACAUGUAGCUCACCAGAAAAAUGGCUCAGGCGGACGGAACGACUCCACAUAUAAGAGACACCACAGUUGAGUUUCUGAGGUCGUUUUCUGUUGUCGAAUAUGACUCGGAGGCGGAGGAGGACUUUGAUGUACUGUCCCCCAUACCAGAUACGGUCGAUGGCAACACUGUCCACAACAGCAUUGAGCUCGAGAACAAAGAGCCCAUCAUUCCAUUCAGGACUAUAUUUAAGCCAGCUGGCGCCUAUGACAGCUAUGACAGCACCAAAAAAGAGAAUUUCUGGGUUUGUAAUGCUCCCAUCAAUAUUAACAUUACAUGCUUUGAACACGAUGAUCAUGUCAUCAACCCUUAUAGAUACACCAUUGUAGUCAAGCAUGCUGAGCAGGAAUGGACAGUGCAUAAGCGAUACAAACACUUCAGGCAGUUGCAUGAUGCACUAGCUCUGUUCCGAGCCAAGCACCGCAUCCCUUUUCCACGAACUGGCGAGCGUCGGGAAAGACAGAAGACGCUAAGAAAAGAAUUGCGAGACCAAGGGAGUGUUCGGUUCCCAUUGCGACCAGAUACAUUAAUCAAGAAGGAGAAUAUAAAUGCACGAAUGAAACAGCUUGAAUGUUAUCUGCAAAACCUCCUUCAGUGCAAGUCAUACAGAAAUCACCCAGAAACUCUAAAGUUCUUUGAAGUAAGCCAUCUGUCAUUUGUGUCCCGUUUGGGGCCAAAGAACAAGGAAGGGAUGGUCAAGAAAUGUUCUGGAGGUCGACGAAUCAGCAUAGGGUGCUGUGGUUGUCUUCAGAAGGUUCAUUUUGCUGGCACCUGGAACCGUAGGUGGCUGGUUCUGAAGGACACAUGCUUAGCCUAUAUUCGACCAGAAGAUGGCGUAAUCAGUGAUGUGAUGCUCAUGGAUGGAGACUUCAGGGUGGAGUCUGGAAUGGCAGCAACAGGUGCUAAACAUGGAGUUCUGAUUUCCAACUUGAACAGAAACCUCCUGAUUAAGUGCUGGACUUCUCGAAAAGCAAGAGAAUGGGCAGAAAGCAUUAAAAGAACUGCUCAUGAACAUGCCAAAGAUUUCACAGAGCCAAAACGUUUCAAUUCCUUUGCACCUGUUAGAGAAGAUUCUUAUGCACGAUGGUUUGUGGAUGCAAAAUCAUACUUUGAGGCUGUAGCAGAUGCAUUAGAAAAGGCUAAAGAAGAAAUCUACAUUACUGAUUGGUGGUUAAGUCCAGAGAUAUACAUGAAAAGACCAAUAGUAGAUGGAGACCGCUGGAGGCUGGAUAAAAUUCUGAAGCGUAAAGCAGAAGAAGGUGUCAUGGUAUUUAUUCUGCUUUACAAGGAGGUGGAGGCAGCUCUCAUGAUUAAGAGUAUCUACAGCAAGCAGAUCUUGAUGCAGCACCCGAACAUCAAGGUCCUUCGACACCCAGAUCACAUUCCUGGUAAAGGAGUUUUGCUGUGGGCACACCAUGAGAAACUUGUUGCAGUUGAUCAGCAGAUUGCCUUCCUUGGUGGCAUUGAUCUUUGCUAUGGGCGAUGGGAUGAUGCACAGCACAGACUGACUGACUUGGGCUCUAUCAUCCUCAAAGCCCAAUCCUCAGUCUCAGUUAGCACAAAAGCAGAACAUUCCAUUGUGACAGACAUGACUGAGAUAGCAGAUGAACACAAAAGUUGUGACACUCCUGUUUCCCAACGUAUGCCUUCUGGGAAAACUUCUUCAAAAAAGUCUUUACAGGCAGUGGCUGAUCAUCACGAUGUAGAUGUUGUCAUGCCGUUGUCACAACCACAACAGACUGAGGACUCUUCUGAAAACUUACCAACAAAGACAGAGAGAGAAACAAGUUCGCAAGCAAAGGAUUCUGUUGAUGUAAAUGCUAAACCUUCCACAGAACAUGUAUUUGCCAGUGUGGUAGUGCAUGAGAGAAGGCAAACAACAGAUUCACAUUCACAGUCCACCCAAGAUGAGGAUUAUCAAGAGAAGGCUGCUAGUGUUACUACUGCAUCUAAGGGUGAUGCAUCAGAUGGAACAGAUUCAGCAUUAGGCAGCAGGUCAGCAUCUGCUGAUUCUAAGUCCUCAGUAGCUAGUACUGGCAAGAAACAUCUUUGGGCUCGGGCUAAUGGCAGACCUGACCUGAGACUGCAGAUUCCUAAGCAAGGCACCUCCCAACUUGCUUUUGAUUCUUUGGAAGUUGAUGGAAUGGACAGUUUUGAUGCGAAUAAGAAAAUGGAACCUUCCUGUGUUUCAAAUGGUACAAACUUAGAGGACACCAGACUUAGGUCCUGCAGCAGCACAUCUGAAGCUUCUAAAACCUCAGAUUCUGUGUUGAUUGACAGAAUAGAACGGGAAAAGGUAGAAAAUACUUCUGCUGCAAUGAAUGGUGCAUCAGGUCAUGACACCGUGGACUUUGUAAAAGCAGCCAGGGUUAUGAAAGUAUUUAACAAACUGAAUCACAACAAAGAGGAGCAAAAUAACAACGAAGGCCAUUCUGAUUCUGGCCACGGAGAUGCACUUCAUGCUGAUGGAAACCAGGCGCGAAGGUUUUCAGAUUCACCAUGGCGAUGGAAGUUGGUUAUCAAUGUUCAGAAAUUUGAAUCUGUUGCUCGGCAUACUCAAAUACCAGAAAAUAUUCCUGCAGAACUUUUGACUCCAAGGCCACCAAGUUCUGCGAAGGAAGCGAAACAUUGGAUACCACAUUCUUUUCGUCAGAAGGUACAUAACAGAUUCAAGAGUGAACGUAAAAGUGACUAUGAACUAAGUGGAAUUGACUCCAUGAACAAUGAACAUGAAGACAAAGAGCUAUGGGGGGUGAUGCGUCGAACCCACAGUGAACAGGACAUCUUAGAACGGGGACUUGAGGGCUCAACAAAACUGUGGAUUGGCAAAGAUUAUGUCAACUUUAUCUACAAAGACUUUGUCCAACUUCACCAGCCUUUUGAAGAUUUUAUAGAUCGAAGAAAAUGCCCCAGAAUGCCAUGGCAUGAUAUUGGUGCAGUAGUGUAUGGGAAAGCCGCCAGAGAUGUUGCAAGACAUUUUAUUGGUCGCUGGAAUUUUACGAAGCUGAAAAAGUAUAAACGCAAUGUAAACUUUCCCCUCCUGCUGCCCAAGCAGCAUUCAAAGAUGAAUGUAUCACAGGGCAUCAAGGAUAUAACUUACCCCGUUAGAUGUCAGAUCCUACGCAGCAUCUGUGGGUGGUCCGGUGGCAUUGAGCAUGUGGAGACAUCAAUCCAUGAAGCAUACGAGUUUUGCAUCGAAAAUGCUAAACACUACAUCUACAUAGAGAAUCAGUUCUUUAUAACCCAAGUUGAAGCCAGCGACUAUUCUGAUGUAUCAAAUCACAUCGGUACAGCUCUGUACAAACGUAUUCUGCGAGCUCAUCGGAAUAAAGAAGAUUUCAAGGUAUACGUCAUGAUGCCGUUGAUGCCAGCAUUUGAAGGGGAGUUUGGAACACCAACUGGUGUUGCACUGCAGGCAGUAACUCAUUGGAACUAUGCCUCAAUCUGUCGUGGAAGUAACUCCCUAUUCGAAAAGUUAUCCACUGGUGAAGUGCCUGAACCAAACAAGUACAUUGUGUUUUGUGGACUUCGUAAGUGGGAUCAGCUCAAUGGAAAACUGGUGACAGAGCUCAUCUAUGUGCACAGCAAGGUCAUGAUUAUUGAUGACAACACUGUCAUCAUUGGUUCUGCCAACAUCAAUGAUCGCAGCAUGCUUGGAAAGAGAGACUCGGAACUGGCUGUCAUGAUCGAAGAUACAGUACGGGAAAGGGUUAUACACAAAGGUCGUGUUCUGGAGCCUGGUCGAUUUGGUUCCUCUCUCCGACACACAAUUUUCAGAGAGCAUCUUGGCCUUUCUGAGAAUGACACAGAAGUAGAUCUGAUGGAUUUGACUUCUGACUCCUUCUUCAAAGAAGUGUGGUUUAGCCAGGCAGAGAAUAAUACGUCAAUUUUUGAGAAGGUUUUCCGAUGUCUUCCAACGGACCAAGUCCAAAAUUUUCAAAAGUUGAAGCAGUACACUUCAGAAGUUAAUCUUGCAACUUCUGACCCUAAAGAAGCCAUGGCACAGUUGUCAAGGGUGAAAGGUCAUAUUGUACGUCUACCUUUAAAGUUUUUGUGUGAUGAGAACUUGACCCCAAAAGUUGGUCAAAAAGAAGCCCUUUUGCCAUCAUACUUGUGGACCUAAACAGAUCUGUUUCAGUUGAAAAUUAUCUUUUGUACAGCGAAGAAAAUGAAAGGGAACUGCUGAAGAAAGCAGUCAGCUUUCAUUGAACUUUGAGGAAAUACAUUCCAUUUUACAUUUGACACUGAAGGGUUGAUGCAGUUGUGUUGUGGGCAUAGUCACAAAUAUUUCAGUGAUGGCUUCUUUUGCUUAGAAGCAGCAAAAGUCCUGAAAAGCACAAAGGUGGUUGGCAUCAAUUUUGUUCACUGAAUGGUUGUUGAAAAGGCAUAAUGGUUUUUGGCAGUGACAGAUAUUUGAAAGGCAUUCAAAUCUUGAUGUAAAUGUAUGGUGUGGACAUUUGUGAUCAGUGUAAAUGUAUGGUGUGGACAUUUGUGAUCAGAGCAAGAAGAAAACUUUGAGAAGUGGUUGCAGCUGCUGUAUUUACAAAGUCUUCUUCACAAUGGCAUUGUGUUUCUAACAAAAAUACUCUGCUGCUACUAAGUUUCUUGCAGUUAUGUUCUGCCAGUUGGAAUUUUUAUGUCAUAACCUUUUAUUAACAGAUUGUAUGAACACACUAGAGAAUUUUACAUAACAUUUUUUAAGAUUUGUAGAGUUUAGUAUAAUGGAGUGGGGACUGUGUUGUCCGCUUAAGCAUGCUGCUUUUUCUGUUAGACUUAAAACCUGAUGUCUCAUUUGUGAAAUGUAAAGGUUAUAGAAAUAUGUGCUUGUCAGCAACUGCUGGAAAUCACUCAUUUUCUUUCAUACUGCUUGAGAUGUCACAUUGUGUGCUAUGCAGGACAUGUGCACAAAGUAAGGACAGUGUCACACUUACCAGCUGCUUUGAAGUUAUGCUCUUCAUCUUCCUUUGAAUCUUGUUGAAUGAUUUCCAAUGCAAUGAUGUACGCUUCCCCAUUUUCAUUCUGAGUGGCAGAAUAAGUUAUGUUUAUCCUCAUGUAUAUCCUCAUGUUACCCUUAGGUUUAGGUACACAUUCCAGUGAUGGUUUCUCUUGAUUUAGCUGAAAGAUAAUAUAACCAGUGCACACUUUUUUUUAAAAGAAUGUGGUUUUUACUUCUUUAGAUUCAUGUCAUGCUCAGAUUAUAUUGUAAUAUAUACAGAUCUACUUUAAGCAUGCAAACAACAUUUACCUUCUUUUUAAAGAAAGGGGGGUGUUGAAAUUGCUGUCAGUUUGUUGUUAAUUAGUUGCUUUGGUUACAAAGACAGUGCAUCACUGAUAAACAUUUCUGUUUCAAUGUUGACACAAAAUGAGGUUUUCUGCUUCCUUUGCUGGUAAACUUAAUUUUUUGUCAACAUUUGAUAUAAAUACCUUUUUAUGGUGUUCAGAAAAAAUAAUGGUGUAAAGUUUGAUUCAGUUAUUUUGGUUGUGUAUCAGACCACACACGUUUAUUCCAUGGAUCUUAAUCACGUGAAAAAUACAGAUCUUAUGAUACGAAGUGUAUCAAUACAUUUUUGUGUUUGUACCACAGAAUCUUUUAUCCCUCCAUACAUCUACAUUGGUUUGUGUAUCCUUACUGUUAUGUCUUGCAACUGUAGCAUUAUAUCCAUAAGGCAAAAUUUGAACAGCAACAUUUAUGUAAUCUGAAUUUUAAAACAUUGUCAAUAUCAUUCAAACCAGUCUGAGAUAUUUUUAAUCCUACCAUGAGAUUUUCUGUACUCAACUGCAGAGAAAAUUGUAUUUAGAUAUGCCUUAGAUUUUAAAAAAAAUUUUUUAAGUUCAAGAUGUUUAACCUCUCAUGUACAUAAUGUUUUAAAUUGUGUUUUUGUGCUUGUGUGGGUGUAUGCACAUGCAUACAGGUGUCACAGUAAUGGCAUUCACAGAAAUACUUCAUGUUAGCUGUUCUUCUUGAAAGUUGAAAAAUUAUUAAUUGCAGUCAUAUGUCACAUGUUUGAAGUGAGAAAUUUGUUUUAAUUGGAGGUUGAAUUUUCCAUGUUUCUGUCCUAAAUUGUAGUAAUGUUUCUCUUAAAGUUUCUCUUUGUUCGAAAAAUAAAGUAUUCGUUGUUUUGCUUUCAGUGUACCAUUCUACUAUAUGUAUAUAAUUGAGAAGUUGUACAUUCUUUAAAAGUAAGCUACUCUGAUUGAUCUGUUAUAAUCUCAAACUUCCUACAAUGUACGAGGAAGUAAUUCUUUUAAAUAACGAUUUAUUAAAAUCUCAAACUUCCUACAAUGUACAAGGAAGUAAUUCUUUUGAAUAGUGCUCAUUAGUCUGGAAGUUCUAUUUUUCUAUUCAGCUUUUUCAGAAAUUUGUCCGUGAUAAACUUGAAAGAGUAUUGUGUUGAUGAAAUGCAUUUUAAUUUCUUAAACAACUUUUCUCCCAUUAAGAGGGAGUAACGAGAGAUUAUAUGUGGAAUGAGUUAUGUAUUUUUACCCAUUUUUUUAUUUUUUUGCUGAUCUUCCAAGGAAAUGUAAAAGUCUUGGGAGUGUGUGUGCAGCUGAGUCUCUUUUGUGUGAACUGAUGCACUCAGCAAGAUCACAGCUUGUCAGUGCCCUUGGAAGUUUGUGAUGUUUAGUUCUUUAAGUUGUGCAAGACAAAUGUCAAUUUCCCUUUCAACACUUUGUGUCUCUGAGGAUGGAAGUGGCUGCGUCCUGCUGCUAUUACACUUGAUACCAUUAAUAUCAUUGACAUCAUUAUGACAUUGGGGAGAUUCAAGUAUAAUAGGAACAGAGCAAAGCAGAAUAUCGAAACUAACGUGUAAUAAUGAACAUUUUCAUUCUGUUGUAAUCCAGAAAUAUAUCUGGGACCAUCAGGUACCAAAACGUUAUUUAAGGCCAUCAUGCAUUUAUAUUCUGACUGGAAGUACAUUGUACUGUCUCUUAACAAUGCAGACAUAUUAUGAUCACAUAUCUUGUGUAAUACGGUAAAGCCUUCCGCUAAAGUCGGUGGCUAACUGAGAGGAGUGGUAUUGUAGGGAAAUCAACCAGUCUGCUUUCAUUCCAUGAGCCAUCACUUCAGACAUUUAUACAUUCUCGUUCAUUUAUUUGAAUGUGGAAAUAAAGUUCUUAAAAACCACA